AUGACGAGCACACAGCUAGACCUCAUUGCCCCCUUCGAUACCCCUCUACCUCCGCCACCGGACGGUCAAGUCCUCACAGAAUCGCAAUGGAUUACUUUGAUGGCGAUCGCAGAUGCAAUCAUCCCAUCCAUUGAAGUCUCAUCUACCCUUUCGAAUAGUAGCCUCUGCAUCGCAGCAUCUGAGUAUACCUCCGCCGUGGAGACAAUCAGCAACCGCCUGCCUGCUCAAACAGACUCCAACCUCACACAACGAUUCCUUCAGGAAAACGCAAGCUCAUUGCCGGGCUUCAGGGAGCUUGUAAAGAGGAUAUUGGGAGACUAUGUGAGAGAAGAUGCUAGGAAAGGGAUCAGGGUCAUACUUUCGGCUCUGGAUACGCGAGCAGGCUGUCUCUUGGCUACUGGCUACACAACCUCCCUCCAUCUCCAGCCCGUCAAUGUUCGACAGCGAAUCUUGCAAGGCUGGGCCAGGUCCUACCUCCCACCUUUGAAGCAGAGCGCCAUAGGCCUGGAGGGUCUCUUGAUUUCAGCGUGGACUAAGACGAGUCCUACAAUGGGUCCUAUUCUUGGCUUCCCUCGAACGCCUGUUCACGGAAAGCCUGGCAAAGGCUUCGACUAUGAUUUCCUCCAGUUGCCUCCCGGCACUGAACCCGAGAUUUUCGAGACGGACGUGGUCAUAGUCGGAAGCGGAUGCGGAGGCGCUGUGUGCGCCAAAAACCUUGCAGAAGCCGGUCACCGAGUCAUGGUGGUAGAGAAAGCAUACCACUGGGGACCUGAACAUCUGCCGAUGUCAGAGAAGGACGGAGCUAUCCAUCUCUUCGCGAACGGAGGUGUGGACUCGUCUGACGACAACAGCAUAAUCAUUAUAUCAGGCCAGUCUUGGGGAGGAGGUGGGACAGUCAAUUGGUCUGCAUCACUGCAGACCCAAGCUUUUGUUCGAAAAGAGUGGGCAGACACAGGCCUUCCAUUCUUCACAUCAUCUGAGUUUCAAAAUUCGUUGGAUCGGGUGUGUGAUCGGAUGGGUGUCUCUACAAAACACGUGGAGCACAAUAAGAACAACCAAAUUCUGGCCGACGGUGCAAGGAAGCUCGGAUAUAGUCAAAAAGCUGUGCCUCAGAACACUGGCGGCAACAAACAUUAUUGCGGCUAUUGUACCCUUGGCUGUGGCGCUGCCGAGAAACAAGGGCCUGUUGUCUCGUUCCUUCCUGAUGCUCAAAAAGCUGGUGCGCAGUUCUUGGAGGGUCUUCAGGUUGAUAAGGUUGUGUUCCAGAACACCAACGGUAACAGAACAGCAGUCGGCGUCAAAGGAUUCUGGAAGUCAAGAGACAGCUUCGGCGGCGUUAACGGUCCUGAUAGAACCGCUCGUGAGGUCAUCAUUAAAGCCAAGCGUGUUAUUGUUUCGGCCGGAACUCUUGAAAGCCCUCUGCUGCUGCUUCGAAGCGGUCUUAGGAAUCCACAAAUUGGACGAAACCUCUACCUCCAUCCAACUACCAUGAUAUAUGCUACGUUUCCUGACCAAGAGCCUAUCAAGCCUUGGGAAGGUGCUAUACUCACCAACCUAGUAGACGAGUUCCAAAAUCUGGAUGGCAAUCAUCAUGGUGUUAAGCUGGAAUGUAUCACCAUGCUACCUUCUUGGAUAUUGCCCAAUCAGCCAUGGACUGGCGGUCUAGACCUCAAGAUGCUAGCCUCAAAGUUUCCUUACAUGACAGGCCAAUUUCCUAUCGUGCGAGAAAAGGUUCCCGGACGUGUCUAUCCUGACCCGACAGAUGGACGAUGCCGGAUCGCAUAUACGCCUACCGCGAUGGAUGCAAAACAUGCAAUGGUAGGUAUAGUAGCACUUGCGAAAAUCCUCUACUUGGAGGGAGCAAAGGAGAUCUUUCUGGGUACAGCAGGCAUGCCUACAUUCACCCGACCUGAGAUUGAUGCUGUCAUAGACAGCGGUGAAGGGAUCAACAACCCUGCAUUCCAGUCGUGGCUCGCGGAGGUCCAGAAGAGAGGCCUCGCCUUGCCAGAUUGUAAAUGGGGCUCCGCUCAUCAGAUGGGAACUUGCCGUAUGGCAGCGACGCAGCGAGCCGGUGUGGUGGAUCCAAAGGGUAAAGUGUGGAGCACCGAGGGACUGUAUGUCUCUGAUGCCAGCGUGUUUCCCAGUGCAAGUGGGGUCAAUCCAAUGGUCACCAACAUGGCUAUCAGUGACUGGAUCUCAAGGGGUGUAGCUAAAGAUCUAAAUGCAGACACAAAGAUUGAGACUAGGGCAAAGUUGUGA